UCUAUUAUUAUCAUUAUGGUACUGGGAGGACUGAGCGCAGGCUCGUUACAAGGAGCUCCAUCAAUCUCUGUGUACUAUUGUUGGAUAGAAUAAGGAAGGGAGCCCCUCACUGACAGACUUGGACUGCUGUAUCAUAAAAAAAAAUGGAGAAACUUGAAGGCUAUUACUUUUCUGCUCUGUUUAGUGGCGGUUUUCUUCUAUCCAGCCUACUGUUCUCAAAAAUCACACGAGAACAGAGAGACCCAUACAUGGAUGAAGUCUUCCACAUCCCCCAAGCUCAGCAAUACUGCCAGGGACACUUUAAUCAGUGGGAUCCCAUGAUCACAACCUUACCUGGCCUGUAUCUGACUUCUGUGGGUAUUGUAAAACCUGCUGCCUGGUUGUUUGGCUGGAGCAAGAAUGUUGUCUGCUCCUCCGGAAUGCUGCGAUUUAUUAACCUUCUGUUCAGUCUGGGCAACUUGUACAUGUUCUAUUUAAUCCUUAACAAGUUGCACACAAAGGUUUCCGUUAUGAAGAAAAUAUUAUUCACCUUUACACUUUAUGUAUUUCCCACUUUAUAUUUUUUCACAUUCCUCUACUACACGGAUGCAGGAUCUACAUUUUUUGUCCUUUUCACUUAUUUAAUGUGCCUCUAUGGUAAUCAUAAAAGCGCAGCUCUUCUAGGGCUUUGUGCAUUUUGUUUUCGGCAGACAAACAUCAUCUGGAUUAUUUUCUGUGUUGGACAUAUUAUAGCUGAAAAGGUGACAGAAGCUUGGAGGACACAACUGAAGAAGACCGAUGAAAAAGUCUCCCCUAAAGGUGCAUUUUCCGAAGCGGCAGCAGCUGUAAAAUUCCUCAUCCAAUACUCUUUGUAUCCGAAGAACAUACUGACACUCUUGAGGUUAACCUGGCCAUAUAUCAUCUUGGUUCUAGGUUUCCUAGUUUUUAUUGGAAUCAAUGGUGGUAUUGUGAUAGGUGACAGAAGCAAUCACGAGGCCUGUUUGAAUUUCCCCCAGCUCUUUUAUUUUUUUGCCUUUACAAUGGUAUUUUCCUUUCCAGUCCUAAUUUCAGCUCAGAAAUGUGCAGACUUUCUCAAGUCAGUUUGGAAACAUCCUUUUCUAUACACAUUAGUAGCUUGCCUUUCCCUGUUUUUAAUAUGGAAGUUCACUUAUGUUCACAAAUACUUAAUUGCUGAUAAUCGACAUUACACAUUUUACAUUUGGAAAAAAAUAUUCCAGAGACAUGAAUUGGUCAGAUAUUUGUUGGUUCCUGGAUAUCUAUUUGCAGCUUGGAGCUUUGUAGAUGCUCUUAAGUCCAAGUCCAUACUGUGGCUCCUGAUGUUCUUUAUGUGUAUAUUGGGUACUACUAUUCCUCAGAAGCUAAUGGAGUUCCGGUAUUUUAUCCUGCCCUACCUUAUCUUUAAAGUAAAUGCACCAAUUCCAUCUGUAGGCAAGCUACUACUAGAGUUGUUACUCUAUGUUACUGUCAACGUAUUUACAUUCCACUUGUUCUUGAAUAAAACUUUUCUUUGGCCUGAUAGUGAAGACACCCAAAGAUUCAUGUGGUAAAUGCUGUCUGGUAAACAAAUCAAACUGCAUCAUCUCACAAAGUUUUUGAUUACAGUUAACAAAACAUGUUCUGAUUUAGGGAUUUAAAAAGGGCCAAAAUAGAUUUAUACUUUACAAAAAAAGUAAAAUGGUGAACCCCAGUAAAGAAGAGUGCCUCAACCUACUGAUUGAGCCAUUGCAGCCACCAUGGUUUACAGGUGCAAUACAAUUUCGAGAAACUAGAAUCCCAGAUGGGCUCACUGUUGCCAAAUGCAUAUGCAGAACUACAUAAUUGCACUCCCAAUGCAACAAAUGGCAAUUAAACUUGCUUUAUGUGUAAAUAGGUAAUUAAAUGUGAGUUUAGAAUGUAAACAUACCUUAAAAAAAAAAAA